UUUUUUUUCGGACUCAAUCCUAAUGGACUAAAAAAUACGGGCCCAUUAUAUUUGGACUAAAACCCGGGUUAAACAAUACGGGCUUUUGUCUCAGUAAUAUAUAAACACAAAAACCCUAGAAAUUUUACUCUUGAAGAAACACAGUACAGCGUGUUGAAACCCUAUCGCGAAAUCCAACUCGGAGCUCAACCAUGACAUUCAAACGCAGGAAUGGUGGCCGUAACAAGCACGGCCGUGGCCAUGUCAAAUUCAUCCGAUGCUCAAACUGCGGUAAAUGCUGUCCUAAGGAUAAGGCAAUCAAGAGGUUUCUUGUAAGGAACAUUGUUGAACAGGCCGCAGUUAGAGAUGUUCAGGAAGCUUGUGUCUAUGAUCAAUACACACUUCCUAAGCUGUAUGUGAAGAUGCAGUACUGCGUUUCAUGUGCUAUCCAUUCUCAUGUUGUGAGGGUUAGAUCUCGCACUGAUAGGAGGAAGCGUGACCCUCCUCAGCGUUUCGUCAGGCGCAGGGAUGAUGCCCCAAGGCCUGGUCAGCCUGGUCAAGCACCUCGCCCUGCCGUAGCUGGAGCUGCUCCUGCCCGUACCUGAGAUAAUUUCAAGAUUUUUGAUCUUUUAUGUCCCAAACUCAGUUUCCUUUGCUUGUUUUUAAAUUUUUGGUUUCAUGUAGACACAAUAUAUUGUUGCUUUAUUGCUUUAGUUCUUGGGCAAUACUUACAUUUUUGCAUCUUUAAUAUUGUUGCUUUAAUGAUUUGAACUUUAGCAUGAAUCUCACAAUUCCCUAUUUCUCUUUUCAA